ACGAAACAUGUAAUUACCCCAAAAAAGAACAAGAGAGCUUGUGAAAUUGCAAUUGCUAUGGAAAACCCUAAUUCCCCGAUUGGAGGAAGAGAUUCCGUUGUGUGGGGUAAACGAAAGAGAGAAGAGAUUGAGGGAAGAGUGAAGAGCGAUUCCGGUGGCCAUGGUGACGAUAAGAAGAAAACAAGGAAGGUGGAUGUUUUCGAAGAUACGGAUGGUGUGAUUCUGCAGCACCUCGAGAAGAAGAGUUUCGAAUUUGAAGGUUUCAAUCCUCUGAAAAACUAUGGACCUCAUAAUCCCUUCAAUGAGGAAACAAGCUUCUAUGGAUUAGAUGAUUCUUGGUCGUCAAGUGAUGUUGAUGAUGAGUCGAAGAAGAAGACGGACGCACCUCCUUUCGACACCACGGAUGUUAUCAAAUACAUCACUCAAGUCCGCGAUAGCUUUGGUUUUGAUGUGGAUGUGCUUCUCCCUGCUUGGCUGGCGACUAUGUGCCAGCUUUUGCUCUUCCCUUCUGAUCGCACUUCUGAAUUCGUGAAUAAGAUAGCCAAGGUCGCGAUGGAUGAAAUCAAUGUUGACAUGGAAAGCCUGACACAUAAAAGCCAAACUUACGAGCUUGUGGAAGUUGCCAAGUCUGUCACCACCUCCUAUCCAUACCUUCUCUCAUAUUUGACUCUUACUGUGAAAAAUGUUGAACCUGCUGCUGCUGCUACUACCACCACUAUCCAAGCAAUCGUCAAACGUCACAUGAACAUACCUUGGGAACUCCUUCAGUGGAGGUUUAAACCAGAUGCAGAUGCUCCCAAGGCUUAUGACUAGCUACACAACAAUUAUGUUGAAUGCUUGAUAUUCCUUUUAUUGGGAGUACUAGAUAUUCCUUCUAUGUUUGAACAAUUAGCACUCAAUCAUGUUGUCUUCAUAUUCCUUUUACAAGCCAUAAAAUUGUUCUAGUACUACAUAUCACUAACUCUUACUUCUCCCCUGUUUAUAGAAUUAUUUGUUGAAUUUAGUUA